AUGAGCGAGGGGGCUGCCGGCGCCGCGGCGCCCGGGGCGGCGGAGGCGGCGGCGGGGGGCCCGGGAGGGGAUGGGGCCGGGGGGCCGCCGCGAGAGCUGCGCUGCAGCGACUGCAUCGUCUGGAACCGGCAGCAGACGUGGCUGUGCGUGGUGCCCCUCUUCAUAGGCUUCAUCGGCCUGGGGCUCAGCCUCAUGCUGCUCAAGUGGAUCGUGGUGGGCUCCGUCAAGGAGUACGUCCCCACCGAGCUGAUGGACGCCAAGGGCGUGGGGCAGGACCCCUUCUUCCUCUCCAAGCCCACCGCCCCCCCCCGCGGCGCGGAGACCACCGCCGCCGCCACGCCGCGGCCGCCCAGCCGUGUCAGCCCCCGCCUCACCACGAUGAGCCGGGCCCCCCCGAGGCCCCCCGGCACCCGCGGCCCGGCGCGGGGCGGCCCCAGACCCACGGUUCCCCGGCAGCCCGCCGCGCCCCACACGGCGCCGCCCGCCAGCGGCCCCCCCGGCACUGCCGGCCGCGCCGGUCGACCGCCGCCCGCCGCCCCCAGCACCCCGCCGCUGCCCGCCUGGCCCACUGCGGCACACGCUACCUCCUCCUACAAGAUCUACGUCCACGACUCGGCGCCCUCCUGGACCUUGUCUCCCUUCCAGGAAUCUACCACUACUACGCCGGAGACCACCACGACCCCCAAAAUCCAUACUACAACGUAUUCCACUGAGCGAUCUGAGCACUUUAAGCCAUGCAAAGACAAGGAUCUUGCAUACUGUCUCAAUGAAGGAGAAUGCUUUGUGAUUGAAACCUUAACAGGAUCACAUAAACACUGCCGGUGCAAAGAGGGCUACCAAGGAGUCCGCUGUGACCAAUUUUUGCCGAAAACCGACUCAAUCUUGUCAGAUCCAACAGACCAUUUAGGAAUUGAAUUCAUGGAGAGCGAAGAAAUUUACCAGCGCCAGGUGCUGUCUAUUUCCUGUAUCGUCUUUGGCAUAGUCGUAGUGGGCAUGCUUUGUGCAGCGUUCUACUUCAAAACAAAGAAACAAACAAAGCAAAUUCAUGAACAGCUGAAAGAAACGCAGAAUAGGAAAACCUACAGCCUAAAUGCUUCUAGCAUGAUGGCAAAGUCAGAGUGUAUGGCACAAAGCCGAGUCCAGCUGCAAAAUUACUCCAAAACAGAUAGGCAUCCUGGGCCUGCUCUGGACAAAGUCAUGGAGUCCAGCUUUUCAGGUCCUCAGUCUUUCCCAGAGGCUUUGUCUCCUGACAGAGGAACUCAGCCCAUCAAGCAGCACAGAAGUCUCUCUUCAUGCUGCAGUCCAGGACAGAAAAGUGGGAUGCUACAUAGAAAUGCCUUUCGGAGGACUCCUCCCUUACCUCGGGGUAGGUUCAAUGGGAUUACAGGACCAGCAUAUCAACAGCUAGAAGAGUCCAGGAUCACAGAGCAGGACACAAUACCUUGUCAUGGGUACUCAUCUAGUGGUUUAAAAACUUCUCAGAAUACUUCAAUAAAUAUGCAACUGCCUUCAAGAGAGACAACCCCUUAUUUUAAUAACGUGGAUCAGAAGGACUUGGUCGGAUACUCAUCUUCAAGGGCCAACUCAGUUCCCAUCAUCCCAUCUGUGGGCUUGGACGAAGCCUGCAUGCAAAUGCAAAAUGUUUCUGAAGUAACAGGCAUCAAAUGGUGCAAAAACUCCUAUUCAGCUGAACUUGUCAAUGUGAGUUCCCCUGUCAGUAAUUGUCUUAUAGCAGAACAACAUGAAGUGAAAAUAUUGCUAGAAACUGUGCAGGAGCAGAUUCGGAUUCUGACUGAUGCGAGGAGGUCGGAGGACUUCGAACUGACGAGCGUAGACGCGGAGAGCAGCGCGAGCGAGAACACCGCGUUCCUGCCUAUGAGCCCUGUGGCCAAGGCAGAUCGAGAGGCACAAUUUGUCUUAAAAGGUGAAACACAAAGAGACUCAGUGUUGACCAAGUGACUUUGUGUGGGGGUCGCAGGAGGGGGAAUAACAGAUCUGUGCAUUCGAUGCUUUGCUAAACAGGAAAGGAGGAAAUUAAAUACAAAUUAUUUAUAUGCAUUAAUUUAAGAGCAUCUACUUAGAAGAAACCAAAUAGUCAAUCGCCCUCAUAUCAUAGUGUUUUUUAACAAAAUAUUUUUUUAAAGGAAAGAAAUGUUCCGGGAGGGAUAAGGCGUACAUCAGGUGCUUUCUAGGCAGGAUUAUACAUACAGUUUCAGUUCUAGAGUAUUUUAACACUGUCCUGUUUGGCUGUCAGGAGGCUUAGGCUAUGCAUCCUAUUUUCAAUAAAGGCCAAGACCGUUCUAAGAACCAUUCUUGGUUUCAGGGCAGCGCUGCAGUGAAUGCUGGCCAGGGGUGCAAGUUCCAAAACCCUAGCACAGACCAGGUCCCCCCUGCUCUCAGUUCUAGGUUCGUACUGAGGGAGGAGACACACAAACAUCCAAUUCUUGGCACUAACUGUGUAAUGACCGUAAAUCCUUAAUUGAGCCAGAUGCUUGACUCUCUACCUUACAUGAGUGUGUCAGUCAGCUUGAGAAGUUCAGUGGAAACUUUUAGGAGCUUUGGGUCAGGCCAAGCCUGGAGAGGGGUUGGGGCCUGUGGAGGUGCAGUGGCCCUGUGGCUGCUCCAUCUUCUGAGCUUUGUCUAAAAGAGCUUCUUGGUUGGAAGAAGAAAAAGAAGAACAGAAACUCAAAGUGCAGAAGCACGCACCAUGGCAGGUUAGGGUUGGUUUAGUUUUUAAGAGUGGGAAUGUAAACUCUGCUGUUCUUUACCGAUCCAUAAGCAUUUCUAAACUGUUAAACUUUGAAGGCAUUUGUACGCUCUCAAGGAGCACUUCUGAGUGUAUGUGUGUUUUUUUUAACUUAUUUUUAUUAUGGGUUAUUCAGAAAUGAGUCUGGGAGAUCCAACGCGAUCUGAGGCCAGCCAAUAGGUGUCCAUACUGUCCUCAUUUGAUUCCGCUCUCAGUUCUCUGGUCACUUCAAUGAAUCAUGGCUUUGGCUUGUGAACUACGAAGCUCCAACCCUGCACAUAGCUCAGGAUGGGCAUACCCAGGAGCAUGCACGCAGCUGAUUCUGCUGGGGCUGUACGUGAACAAGCAGUUCCAGCAAAUCAAUCCCUGCUGCCUUAGAGAAGGCCUUAGAGAAGAAAUGUCAGUUCCUGAUUACUGUAUCCCAAUCAUAUUAUAGGCUUUUUUUUUUUUUUCAUUUGAUUUCUUUUGAGUCCCUCUUCCUCCCAAUAAAUUGUAACAUAAUAUGCCAAUAAUGCAACGAUUUGGGUUCAGUGGCUCACGUUACUGUUUUCAUUGUUAUUAAAAUAUCUGCUUAUUUGUGGGGAAAAAGAAUAUAAACUAUGAUAAAUAAUUACCAAAUAGCCUUCCCUGAUAAUGUCAGAAGAUUGAUUUAAAAAAUUACCAUAUAUACAGAAUGUAUUAAAAUAUUAUUUGCAGCAAAUUAAUUGUUCAACUUAUUAGAUGUGCCCCAGACUUUCCAGUUCACAAGUCUCAAGACUUCCCAAAAUAGCACAGUCGGUCACACAGUGCUGUUGUAUGUUUAGUCAGAAUAAAGCAAUAUUUUAACCUCUGUCAAGUAAAUUUGAAAAAGAAAAUGCUGAAAAUGUAUGUCAUUUAUUUUGUGCCUAGCUGAGGCAUUAAAAAAAAUCCUCUUCACAAAUCUUUAUUCAUCAAGUCUUACUUUGGUUUUCUUGUCUUUUUUCUUUUAAUUUUUUGGGUUUUUUGAUUUUUGUUUGUGUGUGUGUGUGUUGUUUUGGCUCUUUUUUUUUUUUUUUUUUUUUUUUUUUUUUUGUU